AUGGGGGACUUUGGCAAAGCCAACCUAAAUUAUUAUCAGCACUACACACAUGACCAUACUUCAACAUGGUGCAGAUUGCACAAAAAGGUAGUAGUAAUACACAAAAAAUAUUUUGGUGCUAGUUGCAUCAUUGCAAACAUAACACAUAAAACCAGGCGACUAAAAACUGUACAGUCAGAGCUUUUUGUGUCUUUAUAAUAACUUGUUUUGGUCACUGCCAACAGUAACUAUUAUUAUUGGCAUUAAUAGUUCUUUAUUCUCAAAACAUUGUGCCUGUGUAAUUGUACAGGCAGAUGAAGAUGGAAAGCCCUACCGCCGUAAACAUUCAUUUAGCUGCCCAUCACAACUGAGGGAGUUUAAAGCAUCUCUUGAAUAAAUGGCCACCAGACCUGAGGAGUACAUCACUCUUGAUGGGAGAGUAACAAAUAACGUCCCAGACGGAUACCAUGGGAUUGCUUUAAUGUACCAGAACAAGAGGAUUGACCUGGGAUCCGUAUAUUAUAAAUGCAAGACUAACAUGUCAAUACCUCACAAGGUGAUCAACAAUAAUAUGGUGAUCUCAUUAACGUAUAUAAUAAAAUGGUGUAAUUAAAAAAAUUAUUUCACAAUAAUCAUUCUCUUGAAACAAAAUUGAUCAAUGAUAAUUUCAAGCUUUAUUGAAAAGAACAAUGCUAGAGAAUUCAUUUGAAAGAGCUAACACAAUUUGAAAAAAAAAAUCACUACUUAAAACAAUUUAACGUCCGACAUUUAAAGCUAUAAACAAAGAUAAAAUAUAAUAUCCAGCUAAAGCUGCUGUGAUAGUUAUUCAUAUAUACAUUGACAACACUUUUCUGUAGAACAUUGGUCCUAUCUGGGUACUUCUGCUUUUCCAACUCCAAAUUCCCAUGCCAAAGAAGUCAGUUGAAUGCAUAAUCAAGAGACAGGAACAAUAUGACAGAGAGAUCAAGAUGAGAAGCUCACAAGAUUACCAAAAGAAAAGGUUCAUUUUUAUAAUGCUAUUUUUAAUUUAUGAACUGCUAAUGUUUGUAAAAAUAUUUUACAACUAAUAAUUAAGACAGGAAAAAUACAAAUACAAAUGUAUAACGAUUGCUGCUAGGUAAAGUGCAUUUUACUACAAUGAAACUUAAAGUUAAGAAAUUGACAUCUAAAAUGUGAAUGACUGUAUCACUGAUUAGCACCUCUAUUUUACGUCUGUGGUCAGUGAAAAGGCAACAAAUUGUUCAAAAAAAUUCAUUCAAAACAAUGAGUAGUAUUACAAAAGAGAAUGGUUUAUCCCAUAUUCUCUUUUAGAAAUGAAAGGGAAAAAAAGAAGAUGAAAAAACAUGAAAAAGAGAAGGAAUUUAUGAAGUCACUGAAGGCAGUUUCAGUGACAACAUCCUACUAUGUAACAGCUGGUUCUGAGUCAGAAGAAAGUGGUGACAGUGAAAAUUCAGAAGAUGAGUUAUCUGAACAAGACAACUACAUCUCCAAUUUAACAGACAGCAGCGAUGACGAUGAAUCAAGUGAUGAAGUGACAGACAGCCCUUUCCCACUGUACUUCCUAUAUGAUUGUGAAGGUACUGGGGGAUCAGUCUAUAAAGACCACAUAGUGGAGAUUGCUGCUGUUCUGCAGCCUCUGCCCGGCAAUGUAGAAACUAACAUCCCAUCAACAUUCCAGUCUCUCAUAAACACCUCUAAGAGCACAGCAGCACCAGGUUAGAGGUUGAAAGUAAUCAAUAAUGUAAAAUAAUGCUUUUUCCAUUUUUUAAUGUUUUUGUCUGAUUAAAGAUCAGUAAAAACAAAACUGAAUAGCAUUACAUGCAAUAUAUUUUUGUUUUUAAGUUGUGAAAAAAUGUAGAAUAAAACAGCCUAACCUUUUAAACCAACCAAAACUAUCAGAAGUACUUCCAAGGUUUAUAUCAUGGAUCAAAAAUCUGACAAAUGAGAUUUCCACAUGA